AUGUCCACUGGGCGUGCGAGACUGGCCUGUAAAUCGUGCAACGCCAGACGCGUCAAGUGCGAUGCCGGGAGUGGGCAGCCUUGCUGGCAUUGCCGCAUACGCAACACCCCUUGCGAGCUGAUCGAGUCGAAGAGGGGGAAGUACAAACAUCUCGGUCGGGGCCAACGGUCGCAGGAGCAAGCGUCUCCCAGUGAAGACCCGAAUACGAGCCAUAACACGACCCCCACGCCCUUGGGCACAUCCAGGAAUGACUCACUCGAAUUGAGAGGCUUUGACGUCCUGCCAGGAAAUCACCCUGACCGUACCCCACACUCUCAGCCCCGGGGAUCGGAUUCCACUACCGACGCGGCAUGCCUAACCUACACCAUCGAGGUCGACUACACCCAACGCAGUGGCUCGACUGAACGCUUCAAGGUGAACUACCCGAUUCCAGCGCCGGUCGCAGAUCGAUCAACCUUCCAUCAUGGACCAGGCGCAGAGUUGGUCUCCUUGGAGGAGGCUUUGGCCAUGCCACCCCGGCAUAUAGCAGACGGGCUGAUUCGGGCCUUCUUCGAACUUGCACACCCUGCCUACCCAGUUUUCGACCGCAAGCGCUUCACAACCUUGUAUGGCCAAGGGAAAGCCUCUCCUUUAGUCCUUCAGACUAUCUUCUUCAUGGGGUUCACUGUCGGCCCGGACAGUCUGAUACAGGACUCUGGCUACAGCAGCCGGACAAUGGCACGGAAAACGCAUUACCUUCGCGCGAAACUGUUGUACGACAUAGACUACGAUACUGACAGCUUGAAUGUAGCUGCGUCUCUGCUGAUGCUCGGGUUCUGGUGGUUUGGGCCCGAGGACCAAAAGGAACAUUGCUACUGGGUGGGAUGUGCCAGCCACGUCGCACAGUCUCUGGGAAUGCAUCGCUCUACAUCGCAGUCAGGCAUGAGUCAGGCGGAACGGUCUCUGCGGAAGCGCAUCUGGUGGUCGAUAUAUACCCGCGACCGCCAUGUAGCAGCAGCAUUUGGACAGCCGUGCCGUAUCAGGGAUGAGGACUGUGAUGUUGAGGCCUUGGUAGAAGAGGACUUUCAGUUUGAUAGCGACUGUGAUCGGAGUCUCGUUCCACCCCAGCAGGACUUUCAUGUGUUGUAUGUCAUGGAAAUGUCCAGAUUAGCUGUCAUCCUAGGAGAUAUCCUCAUCGGAGAGUUCAGUCCUCGCCGCCCUGCCCUUGAUAAAUACACGACGGAGAGUCUAGUACAGAGAUUGGCAGAAUGGGAAUCGCAUCUUCCUGAUACACUGCGAGGAGCCUCACCUGAUGGAUCACUUGGUGCCUGGUUCUGGGCUACUAUGCUAUAUGUUCCCUAUCAUAACUACCACGUUCUCCUUUUCCGGCCAAGGGCUAUUGAAAAUCUAUCACCAGCAGAAGCAGACAGAGAUACUCGGGCACGCACCGCUGCAGAUUCAAUCACCCGUCUUGCUGAAGACCUACUGGCAACAUGCACCAUCAGAUCUGCACAGGUUCAGCUUGUCCCUGCUCUAUUUGGAGCCCUUUCAGUCCAUACCAUCGUCAUCUGUCGCAAAGAUCCCAUUCGGCGGAAGCUCGCAGAAAACAAAUCAAGACAGUGCCUUCUCGCAUUGAGCGAACUUUCUAUCUCCUGGCCAGUCAGGAUUUGGUUUGCUAGAGCGUUUGUCAAUCUGAUGAGACGUCUGACUGGCCGAGGAGGCUCAAUAAUCAAUGUGUCGUCCAGCAUCGUGCGGACUCGCAGCAACCCAGCAUUUGAAAGAAUAGGUAUUUCCGAGUCUCAGCAUGGAGCUACCAUUGACGAGUCCUCUCAUGGUUUUACUGCGAAUCCAAUACUACCAAACUUCCCCGGAAUGACUGAGCCGAGUUCAUAUCCUGGCGAUUCUGAGUCUUACAACGUACACCACUACGCUCCACAGAUGCCAGAUCAACUCAUGUAUGAUUCGUUUCUAGCGGGCUACCUCGAUAAUACCUUCGACCCUGAUCUGCUUUUGUACAACAGUCUAGAGCCGAUGCUGCCACUUUCAUUCGGGAAUCUCCCCGAGUCAGAUCCAGACAGCUAG